CCGCGCGUGCGCCCGGCGGCGGCAGGGGCGGGGACCGGCCGCGCCCCCGCGCCGGAACAGGAAGGGCGGAAGGGCGGGCGGCGGCGGUCCGGCUGGGAGCGGCUCGGAGCGCUCCGCUCCCGACGCUGCACCGGGCCUCGGCCUCGGAGCCGGAGGGGAUCUGUCAGCCCCUGCCCUGCGAGCGGGCAGGAUGGAGCUGGACGAGCUGCUGCUGGACGAGGAGGGCGCCUUCUCCCUCAGUGGGUUCCAGGAGUUCACGUUCCUGCCCAGGCACCAGCAGCUGAGCGAGAGGGUGCGGAAGCGGCUCUAUUAUGGCUGGGACAAAGACUGCAGCCUGGAUAAUCUCUCCAGCCCUGUGGCAGAUAUUGCUGUGGAGUUGCUGCAGAAAGUGGCUCCCAGUCCUAUCCGCAGACUCCAGAAGAAAUAUGUGUCUCAUGUAUCUCGGGAAGCUUGCAUCUCGCCCUGCUCCAUGAUGUUGGCACUGGUUUACAUUGAGAGGCUCCGGCACCGCAACCCUGAAUACCUCCAGCAGAUCUCCUCUUCAGACCUCUUCCUGAUCUCCAUGAUGGUUGCAAGUAAGUAUCUGUAUGAUGAAGGUGAGGAAGAGGAGGUGUUCAACGACGAGUGGGGAGCAGCAGGGAAGGUGGAUGUCCAGACCAUGAACACACUGGAGAUGAACUUCCUGAGCGCCAUUGACUGGAGUCUCUACACAGAUCCUCGGGAGCUGUUUGAAGUGCUGAGCUGGCUGGAAGGACGUGUGGCUGAAAAACAGGGCAUGUGGCGUGGCUGGUUCACCUACACAGAUCUGUGUGUCCUCAUGGAGCAGUCCAUGUGGCAGCAUGUGCUGGGCCAGUUCUACCAGCAAGUGGUGAAGCUGGCCUGCCUCCUGGGUGUGGUGUACCUGACGGGCUUCGCAGCCAUCUUCGCCUCCAUCACGGUGGUGCACCGGUCUGUGUGCAUGAGGAGUGUCAGCACUGCAGCCCCCCGGCCUGUGCUGUUCCCUGAGAAAGGGAGCUGCCAGCUGGAUGCCCAGCCAGCCCCAGCCCCUGGCCAACCCCAGCCCGAGCUGCCCAAUGUCUCCUCAGCCAGCUGCACCCGUUGCCUGGAGGAGAAUGAGACGACCAAGGAGCCCCAUCGUGGAGGUGUCACGGCGACUGCACUCUACCUGUGGAGCAGCGUGAUGACGGCCCUGUCCUACCCAAAGGCACCUGAUCUAGCCCAGCACAGGCGCCUCCCACAAGGUCCUUUCCGGAAAGUGCCCACUGCCUGUGAGAGAUCCAACCGUACCAGCCCUGCUGCAGCCCCCAGCCAGCCUGGCCCUUUUGGACUCGCCGUGCUCCCGGCUCCUCCGGUGCUCCACUGCCAUGCUUGCUCAGCCACUGCAGGCCCCACGUGGGAUGCAGCCCCCAACCGUGAGGACUGGCUGGACCCCCUGGGGCUGAAGCAGUGCUUCUUGCAUACUGCAAUGGAUCUCAGUAGAAUCAAGAGCUUCAUUUUUCCCAGCUAGGAGUAUAGAACAGCAGCCCCGUUCCCCUUCCCUUCUAGUGUGGCACAACUCACUUCCUUACACUUCUGGGACCCCUGAUCCCUGGAACUGCAGGAGGCUGAAGGCCCCUGCAUUACUUUCAAACCAGCACUUGUGUCCCCCCACCUAGGGCAGGGAUAUUCUUCACUUGGGGCUGCUGGGACAGGUUGGCAUAGAGCUGGCUUGCUGGGGUGGGAACUCAAUAGCUGGAGGGUAAAUAUGGGUCACCUUUGGGCUGGGGUGCUUGUGCAAAGGGGGUAUUGGACCUCUUCCUGUAGUGAGUGGUGUUGGACACAGGUGGCAUAUGGGAUGUUGGAGGCUGGGACUGUGUGUGCAGGGUGGAGAGGCUAAGGCAGUGACCCCAGUGAGAAGCUGAGAUGCCUGGGGUAGGGGAGAGGAGGUUGAAGGAGGUGGGAGUUAGCUGGCUGGUCAUAGCAGUAUUUACAUUUGGGGGAUGUUAGGGCACUUCUUGGAACUUGCAAGAGUGACACCAAGCAGGUACCCUGAUGUGGCUGUGCCCUGCUGGGCUUGGUGGGGAUGAAGUGUGCUUAGGGCUGAACUUCCUUAUCCUGCUUGUGUUGGAUGUUUUGAAUCUGGGGUGCUCUGUGACCCCAUCCCAAACCCCAGCUGUCUGUGUCUGUGAGAAAAUAGUGCCUGACUGCUCCUCAGAGUGGGAAGAAGGCACCCUGUCUUGCUGACCAGGCCAGCUCAUCGUGCCCCUUCUUUUUACUGUGGAUUUUACACCUGUUUUUCACUCUUUUGUAGAUGCAACUCUCUUCCAAUAAAAGUAGUUCUUGCUGUG